ACUGAUGCAGUCUGUAUUGAACGUUCGUUGGAACCUCACGUCGUUUUGUUACAAAAAGCUUCACGAGUUCGAGCUUUAUAGAAAUUUAUAAUUAUGUGUAUUCUGUUUUGUCUUGCGAUAUUAUUCUCGGGCGUCUAUUAAGUUAAAGUUUGUGAAUUGUGAUUGAUAAAACUCAUUUAUUUUACGGUUGAAUAGUGUUUGUUGACGGAUUCUAUAGUGUAAGCAUAGUUUAUUUUAGUUUAAGUUCGUGACAGUGUUUUACCUCGGUAUACAACCUACGGGAUGUUUCUAUUGAAUUAAAGCUUAAUUCAAUUAAAGGUACGAGUCAUGUAAAGCCUGGUCGUAGUGAAGUGGCUUGGCGCGGCGGGACCGGCGGGCCGCGCCAUGGGUAACAAGUGCUGCAGCCGCCGUCAUGACCCAGAUAGACCUCUGGUAUACCCAGCGUUUAAGAACGAGGCUGGCUUCACAGCAUGCCCCUCGUCGUUGGAGACGCGGUACACAGGCGAACCGAACACAAGAGUCCUAGCGAGACCACAAGCUGACAUCGUACGCACACGGAAUCCAGGCAAAUGUAUAACAAAUGGCGGUCGUCGGGUCGUCAAAGCACUAUGUGCGUACACAGCCAGAGCGGACUCCGACAUCUCCUUCCGCAAGGGCGACCGCAUGGAAGUCCUCAGCGAUGCAGAACCUGACUGGUGGAGAGUCCUCCAUCUGACCACCAGGAGAGAGGGACUUGUUCCAGUCAACUUCGUCGCCGAAGAAAGCUCCGUGGAAUGUGAAGAUUGGUUCUUCCCGCACGUGUCGCGGAAGGAGGCUGACAAGCUGCUGCUGGCUGACUCCAACCCUCGGGGGACGUUCCUCGUCAGGCCCGCGGAGCACAACCCUCACGGCUUCAGCCUCAGCGUCAAGGAUUGGGAGGAGGGGAGAGGAUAUCAUGUCAAACACUACAAAAUUAAACCUCUGGAUAAUGGAGGCUUCUACAUCGCAACAAAUCAGACCUUCCCCAGUUUGCCAGCGCUUGUCAUGUCGUAUACGAAAAACGCGCUAGGUCUGUGCCACGUGCUAGCGCGGCCGUGCCCCAAGCCCGAGCCUCAGAUGUGGGACCUCGGGCCCGAGCUGCGGGACAAGUGGGAGAUACCCCGGGUCGAGAUACAGCUCAUCAGGAAACUGGGCCAAGGGAACUUCGGAGAAGUUUAUUACGGCAAAUGGCGUAACAAUAUUGAGGUCGCCGUUAAAACCCUGAGAGAGGGUACGAUGUCGACGCAAGCCUUCCUCCAAGAGGCAGCCAUCAUGAAGAAGUUCCGUCACAAGCGACUCGUCGCACUGUACGCGGUCUGUUCCACCCAGGAACCAGUAUACAUCGUCCAGGAGUACAUGAGCAAGGGCUCCUUACUCGAGUUCCUCAGAAAUGGAGAAGGGAAAUUCCUACAGUUCGAGGACCUAGUGUAUAUCGCCGCGCAAGUAGCCUCCGGAAUGGAGUACUUGGAAUCCAAAAUGUUGAUACAUAGAGACUUAGCCGCUAGAAACGUGUUAAUAGGUGAAAAUAAUGUAGCAAAAAUAUGUGACUUUGGACUCGCUAGGGUGAUCGAAGACAACGAGUAUUGUCCCAAACAAGGAUCCCGCUUCCCAGUGAAGUGGACCGCACCGGAAGCAAUCAUAUACGGCAGAUUUUCCAUAAAGAGCGACGUGUGGUCGUACGGCAUCCUGCUGAUGGAGCUGUUCACGUACGGGCAGAUCCCGUACCCGGGGCUGCACGGCAAGGACGUCAUCGAGCAGGUGGAGCGCGGCUACCGCAUGCCCAAGCCGCUGGGCCACUGCCUGCCCGACGACAUCUACCGCCUCAUGCUGCAGUGCUGGGACGCCGUGCCCGAGAAGCGGCCCACCUUCGAGUUCCUCAACCACUACUUCGAGUCCUUCACCGUGACCAGUGAGAUCCCGUACAGAGAAGUGCAAGACUAGUGCUGUGAUAUAGUCCAAUAGAACUUGUAUGUGCAGCGCCAGAGACGAUGUGUAGGGUCCUCUUAGCAAAUAUCGGAAUUAUAAUUCGUGUGUGGACUCGUCGCGAGAGACCGUGUUCACACACACUUAUAAAGCCACUUUUAGUAUUUUUAUACUCAAAAGCAUUAUUGAACUAAAACAAUACAGGAAUGUGUGAGCUUCUUUUUUAUUGGUCGACGGCUUUUCUUUUCUGUUUUGUGAAUCAAAAUUGGUAUUAAUUAAAACUUAGCCUAAGGCGAUACGAAAACACAGAAAUGUAUGUUUAAGUCCACUAAAGUAACUUUUGUAUUUAUAGUAUUGAGUAAAUUUCACUUUCAAUAUUAUUUAUGUAGCUUAUAAGCACUGGUAGUGUUGUUUUGCAUUUUGUACAAACUAAAUUGUUCACUAUGACAUAAGCAAUAAGAUUUAAAUCGAAAUGUAACACGAUAUUUUCAUAUUCUAAAGUGAUAUGUGAUAUUUUUAUUUAUCACUUAAGGCCUGGCACCGAAGUAGCACGAACACCAAGUCCGGUGUUUCCCGCGCUUAUAACUUCGCGCACAACUCCCACAUUUUUCUUGUAUUGCGUACAAAUUAGAUUCCCCUUUAUAAUGACAAAACAGAACUGAUAAACUUUAUACGGCUCCUUUGCAAUAUCAUGAUGAUAUAGAAGUUUAAAAUAAACCUUUAAGUUGUCAUGUAGUCCCCUCCAAUCAAAAUUGACUAGAGUUAAUUACUUCAUUGUGAUAUAAUCUGUGCUCAAGAUAUCCGUACAACUUGCAAAGGGGCCAACUACCCUCAUGUAAAAAGACAAAUAAUACUAGCUUUAGGACCAUAUACCAAAGAGUUAAUUGUACAUUAAGAACGAAUGAUAGAUGUAGAGAGAUGCGUAUUUAAUUUAUAGCGUAGUUAGACCUUGUGACCUGUAUAAUGUUAAUUAUUUUGACCAAUAUUCCCAUUUUUGACGCGUAUAUAAAACUUAAAGAAUAUUGAUUGUUAAUAUAAUUGGAUUCUAAUGUUGACUGAUCAUCGGUCCGUUUUUUAUUCAAGUAACCACGAAAUUUAACCUCAAAUUUGUUUAUUUCCUUCGCCUAAAAGUAUUAAAAUGCUUUAACCACUUAAUCGUUUUGUCGUCCUAGAAAAUGUAUAAAGCCAA